UAAUACAUAGAAGAGAGACGUUUCUCAUUGUGCUGCUUUCUGAGAUGUCACAGUAAUGGAAGCAGCGUGAGAUGGGUCCCUGUUUUUUUUUUUUAGCCCCCAACUAAAAGUAGAGAAUGGCUGGAGUAAAGCAGAUGUUUCUUCUCAUCACCUUCCAAGGCUUCUAUCUGGGUUCUGUGUGUCAGGAGUGGACGUUCCCUUCUACAAUCACUGCUCUGAUCGGCUCCUGCGUGGAGAUUCCUUGUACAUAUCAUCCUGCCAGGACCUCAGGGACGUCCAGCACUGUGUGGUACUUAUAUAAUGCUAUAAGAUAUCCAGAGAUCCUAAACACCAAGGACUCAUCUUCAGUAAGGGCAGAAUACAGAGACCGGACCUCACUGGUACCAGGAGAGAACAGCUGCACCCUGAGGAUAGACCCUGUGAGAGGAGGAGAUGGUGAUAAAUAUUAUCCAGGGAUCGCAGAAGAAAAAAAAACAAAUACAUAUGAUAAGCAAUCCAGAACAGUUCAUCUCCGUGUCACAGACAUUCUAGGAAAAUUUGAUCUUCAUGUUCCUCAAAUUCUAACUGAAGGAGAAGCCACCAAUAUACGCUGUACUGCAGAACACACAUGCCCCUCCAGUCCUCCUUCUCUACAAUGGAACAAGCCUGGUCAGAUUCAGAACAAGUCAGUGGAUAUUACUGGAGGAAUCUGGAGAGAAGAAUCAAUGCUUACCUAUAUUCCAUCAUAUCUGGAUGAUGGGACUUCAGUUCAGUGCACUGCUACGUAUCCUAAUGGACAAAAAACGGAGAGACCAGAAAUACUAAACAUCAAAUAUGCCCCCAAGAAUGUCACAAUUACUGGGAACAGUGAAUUAAUGGAAGGAAGUGAUGUGACGUUACAAUGUAACAGCUUCUCCAAGCCUGAGGUAGAUGAUUAUGAAUGGUACAAAGGGAAAACCAAAUUACCAGACAGAGGACAGAAGAUCACAGUGAGGAAUGUGACCUGGGACAUGAAGCCCUAUUCUUGUGCUGUAAGAAAUUAUCUGGGUAGAGGAAAAUCCGCCCCAACAGAGAUACCUGUACUCUAUGCAGCAAUUGGAGUUCACAUCACCAUGAAGAAAGAACAUGAAAUCUCUGAAUUGGUCUGUGACUUCCUGAGCAGCCGGCCUGAUAUAACCCACUACACCUGGAUGAAGGAUGGGUCUAUAUUACUGAAUGAGAUGGAGAAGACCCUGACCAUAAAUAUCAAUGAGGAGAACUACGGCCAGUAUUCGUGUAUCGCUCACAACAUCGCUGGGAAUUCCUCCUCGGAAGAGAUCUGCAUAAAACGUGAGAAGUUGGAUUUGCCACUGAUUUUGGGGACAGUUGCCGGAUGUUUGUUUUUGAUUCUUCUUAUUGUGAUCAUCUACUUUUGUGUAAGACAAAUCUGCAAGUCAUAUUUUCCAGCCUUUAGAAAAUACACACCAGCUGCCAGGAGUCCCUCCCAUAAUACAACAGCGAUAGAUGAAGCAUUAACAGAAGAAAAUCAGUACGGAAACAUUUGCAGUGAUCACAAUGCUCAACCAGAUUCAAUAUCUUUAAAGGAUGUGAACUUUAAAGACAAUUAUGUCAUUUACAGCAAUAGUGAAGUCAUGCAGCCAACAAAUGAAGUGGAAUAUUCUGAUAUCUGCCAUGUUCAACAUGACCGUAUGACUUCAUCCAGGGUUGAUUAUGGACACAAUGUGGAGUAUGCAACUUUAAGACUUUAAAAAAAUGACUUUUCUUGUAAAAGGAGGAUCAAUUGAAUCAAUUAUGAUAUAAUUUGAAUAUUGAUUAAAGACCAAAAAAAUAACAGCCCACUCUACGCAGAACAAGUUCUAACACAGCAGGAAUCUGGGUCAAAUAAUCAAAGUUAAUCAAAAAAUGUAAUUACUCUAUUAAAACCAUAAAAAACCAUACACAAAAAAAAACUCAAGUCUAGGAUAACAGAUCCACACAAUGCAACACAAAGUAGAUACUUAGUGGUGCAAAAAGUAGCAUACAAGUCACACAGAGAUUAUGAAUAAACUCUCCGUAAAGGGGAGUAAAUAUUAAAAUUAGUCACCAUUAAAAUGCAGUAGCUAAAUCCAACCUUG